AUGUGCGAGAAAGAAUAUACGGACAAAUGGAGCCAUAGCAGCUCUUACCCCUCGACGUGCGUUCGUAUUUUUGUGGCGUUGACAAAGGUCCGAUGGUCCAUCAAAAUUCCAUUCUUGAAGACAACUCCCCUGGCUUUAUAUCCCCAGCCUAUGCGUAUGAUGAUCACAGAAAUUGACGACCAUGUCCUCGUCAAUAAGACAGACGUGAAUGCUUUACAGCAGGCCUACUUUGUAACAUUUGAGCCCACAGGUAUCUUUAACUUCAGUGAAUAUAGUCAAGAUUGUCUCAGAAAUUGUCAAAAUGACGAAGCAUUAUCAAAGCCAAAUAGCAUAUUUACAGAGCCGGUAGAUAUACCAUAUGCAAAAGCAAAGAGGGAAAAUGAAGGUGCCUUGUUAAGCUCUACCAAUGUCCUCGAUGCAAUGGACCCGGCACGAGAUCGCUGUAUUUGCAAUGUAAAAACACGUACAAUGGAAGAGAUCGCCAAUGGUGGCAUUAGGGAGUUCCCAACGACGACCUUCGAUGGGUCAUACGUCGAACCAAACCCCAUCAGUAUUUCAGUCAGCUAA